UAUAGCACCACCCACAAAGAGUUACGCAACACCUGAAAACAUAAAUAAUCUCCCUGCUGCACACUUUGUCUUCUACAGCACGAAAAGGUUUUGAAGCUGGUGUCUGAGAAAUGUCUGGGAAAGUUGUGUUGCAUUACUUCAAUGGCAGAGGGAAGAUGGAGUCGGUGCGAUGGCUGCUGGCUGCUGCUGGAGUCGAGUUUGAGGAAGUGUUUUUGACCAAAAGGGAGGAGUAUGAAAAGCUGAUGAAUGAUGGAGCCCUGAUGUUUCACCAGGUGCCUUUGGUUGAAAUAGACGGGAUGCAGCUCGUGCAGACAAAGGCUAUCUUGAAUUACAUCGCUGGGAAAUACAAUCUAUAUGGAAAAGACCUUAAAGAACGGGCUAUGAUUGACAUGUAUUCAGAGGGAGCCAGUGAUCUCAUGGAUAUGCUUAUAGCGUAUUUUUUCACACCACCUGAAAACAAACAGAAACAUCUCAGUAAUACAGAGCAAAAGGCCAAAGAUCGCUUUCUUCCUGUGUUUGAAAAGGGUCUUGCGAGCUCUCAGUUCCUUGUGGGAAACCGGUUGAGCCGUGCUGACGUUCACCUUCUUGAAGUCACUCUGAUGCUGCAGGAGUCAUUCCCUACAAUACUUUCAACCUUUCCCAAAAUCCAGGCGUUUCAGGAGAAAAUGAAGGCCUUGCCAACAAUCAGCAAGUUCCUCCAGCCGGGCAGUGCAAGAAAACCUCCACCCGAUGAAGUGUAUGUGAAAACCGUGAAGGAGGUGUUGAGCCACAUUUUCAAGUAGAAGGGUUUACAUUCAUUUGAAUUAACAAUGAAUUCAAAACCAUUAGAUGAUGUUAAUCGCUAAUUAGUUUACAAACCAAACUUCCUUUUUGUUACAAGAUUAAAGCUGAGGCUCUAAAAUGGACAGAUUUAUUUGGAAUGUACAAGAUACAAUUUGGUGAUGAUGCUGUGAAAUGAACGUUGUCCAGUAGAUGUUGUGAGAAACGUCUCAGUGUCCACGAACUCUUAGAAGAUCAAAAUUCGCAAAACCAUCAUGAAGCUGAAAACAGAAGACAAACCAGCUUUCAGUGCUUUGCAUGUAUUUGCUCUAGUAAUAAUACUGCGGCUUACUUCUAUGAAUUGCUUUAUUGGAGCAGAUCAAUAAAAAUGAUUUAACAUAA